AUGGCUUUCUUCAACUUACAUCUAUUAGGAUAUCAGCAUCCCCUUCGGGAUAAAAAGAAAACCACAACUGAAGAAACAGACCAGAAGGAUGCAGGGUCCUCUAGGUUUCCACCGAUUGUCUCCGAAGAUGGUAAUUACUCCGUACACCGGAACAGCCACAAGCGCUAUCAGGAAGCCGUACGAAAGGUGUUGUUAAAGACAUUCCCCAAUCAGGUCUUUCGAGUUCCAGUGACCGACUCUCAGAACUUCAGCUUCUGGUGGACCGACCAUUCAAGUGUGCGUCCAGAGAAAACCAUACCAUGGAUCCAGUGUCGACGCCAUUGUCUUAUUAAAAGCCCGAUGACCAGAUAUAUGGAUCACUCUAUUCUCAACGACAAAACCUUCACUCAGUAUUGA